GUGAGGAUCUUGUGAGAGUGCGUCACAGAGCAGAGUCGAAGCGUUGUGUAAGCAGCGUCCCGACACAAACACACGCGCAGUAAAAUUACACUUAGUAUUUAUGGUUUACAUUUGCCGGUACACUGUCGCAAACAAACGUCGAGGUUCCAGCAGGUACCGUUAGGCUACGCUCCUCCACCACAGGCUGAAAGUAAUCCUCGAGUACAUGGAGCUGGAUCGGCGGCUGCUGCUGGCUCACUGCGCCGCACACACCCUCUCCGUGAUCGCGGGGCUCCUGGUGGUCGUGCCGCUCGCUUUAAACGGAUCCGCUUUCAAGGGAAGGUGCGCGCUGUUUAGUCAAGGGUUCUGGAGGACGGAGAACCUCACGGUGGGCCAGGAAGAGUCCAGAUCGUUCACUCAUUUGGUGGUUCAACAAUGGGGUCCAUUAGCGGCGUGCCAGUUCGCCACAUUUGUCGGUGUGUUCACCGUGCUGUACGGCGCUGUUCAGGGCUGGAGGAGCCUGUUCUACCUCCACCGGCGGCAUGACGACACGCUGUUCUCUGCCUUCCUCACGCUGCUGUUGAGUCUGUGUGUGCUCUUUCUCUCUGGAGGGGCCAGUGUUACUCUCACCCUGGGCCUGGUGUCCUGGUGCAACACUGUUACAGACCACAACACCAGAUCCUACAGUUGUGCUGAGUCUCAGUCUGUUCCUCUUUAUCUGGACGUCGAGACAUCCUCUUUCUACUCUGAGCUCAAUUGUGCGCAGAUCUCUCUGUGGUGUGUAACAGCUCUGUGGUUGGCUCACUCUAUUCUGUCCUUCCUGAGGCUCUAUCAUUCUCACAGUCAGCAGAUCAGCGGACCGUGUUUAUCCAGAGAGAAGGAACUCCUCCUUGGCCAAACUCAAGUGGAGUGUCCCAUUCAUCACCCGCAUCCACACUCGCACCCUUCACACACUCCCAGUGUUUUUAUUUAGUGUUCAUAGAAGUUGCACUUUGAGGUUGAUCUAAGGCCGGUUUUAUUGAUUGGAAAAGAAGGAAUAAGAAGACUGGUCCAAGAUUAGCUUAAAAGGGAAUUUACUUCUAAUCUAAACAGAAAACCCCACAAGUCUCAUGCAUGUU